AUGUCAAAAAACAAUGUCAUCCGUUGUCUUGUAGACGACACGGCCUUGACCAGAAGUCUCGAGGAGAUUGAGAGCUGGGUUUCGCAGGGCCUCAUCAUUCUUGUUGUGCCCUUGUACACGCUUUCUCGCCUGAAUGUUCUGAAGAAGGAUUCUUCACAGAUUGGCAUCAGUGCGCGCAAAGCAGUCAAGUUUCUCGACCGCAGCACUUCGUCUCGCGGCGAUUUACGGCACGAUCCUGUCAUCCUCCAAGGUCCCGACGACCAAUACCCUACAUGGGCUGAGGUGGAGGCACACUACACGAAUGAAAGCAUGAAGACUGCUGGGAUGCACGAAGGAGAGGACUCGAUCCCAAUCAUGGACAACAAACAGGAGAAGGACUCGGAAAUCCCCUUCAAAGUCAGCGCGGGGGUCGCAGGCCCGUUGUCGCAGGUCCUCUUGGACAAACUCAAUUUUGCCAAAGAACCUGUAAACAUGUCGCCCGGCUCUACACCACCGUUGUCCCCCUCUUCUUCUGGACCGCAGAGCUCUAAGACCAGCCCUGAGGUCAAGUCUGCCACCAUCAUUGGCCACGAUCAAACACCCGUCCCACCAUCGCUCAAAUCUCUUCUGAACCCUGUCGUCUGGUAUGUACACGAGAAGAAGGCCCCUGCCGAUGAAGGCCUUAUCUUCCUGACCAACUCGGCUGAUACUAUGCACCUUGCCCGGGAUUUUGGUAUACCGACUAAGAAUAUCCACCAAUUGAGGAGUGCGCUUGGCUUGGGAGAGAAAGAAUCACCCGCGCCAGACAAUUCCAAGAAGGACAAGGCGAAGCGAGUGUCCAACUCCGAGCUGAAGACCCUUUUCAGCUAUGAUGACGUUGAGAGUGACGAGGAAGAGGUCGUCUUUAAACCAAGAGGUCGAGGCUCGACCCGCGGAGCUCAAUCGUCGCGAGGCGCUGUCGCAGGAAGCGUCCGCAGCCGAGGAGGAAAUACACGGUCUCCCCGAACCUCCUUUAGCACCCCUGCGCAGGCGGUGCAGAACAAGCCACAGAUUCCUGUGGAAGAGAUCGACCCCGAUUCCUUUGACCGCGGCAGCUUCGCGCGAGGCAGUACACCGCUCGUCAAUACGAGCAACCAUGUUCCACAUCAGUUCAACAGUGGUCGGGGGACCCAUCGAAACUACGGCCGUGGAGGGGGUCGAGGGUCGAACUUGAACCGCGGCUACAGCAAUACGUUCGAACGUGGAUCGACCCGCGGCAGAGGUCGACUGUUCGUCCCUUGA